AAUACACACCAUCGCGCACCAAUACAUCAAUACAAUAUCCGUCUCACAACAAACAUUCCAUUAGCCGGUAGACAAUGAGGUCACCACCUAAAAUUGUGUGAAACAGUACGUAACUGAGAACCGAUAAAAUCGUAAACAUUAAAACUUAUCGCUAGAAACAUACCGCAACCUUAAAUGAAAGGAUUUUCAUUUGAGCUGGUCAAUAUCAGGAAAACGUUUCACUCAAUCGGUUCAGUGAAUUUAGUUGCAAAUUUGCUCCUUUUAGUGUGUUGUAUUUUACCGACAAUGACUGAAGCUGUAGAUACAAAUUUCAUUCGCAAUACGAAUGAUUUUGCAUUAAAACUUUACAAGCAAAUAGUCUCUAACGAGACCAAAAAUGUUAUCAUUUCACCGUUUUCCAUCAGCACCUGUUUGUCGUUUGCUGCCAUGGGCGCGGCCGGUGAGACGGCCAAGGAAAUGCUCUCCGUUAUGCAAUACGACAUUGCGGCUGGCAAAGAGACGAUAGCUAACAAUUUUGGCAAAAUUAUAGCUGGACUAGAUGGAAACAACAGCUUGAAAAUUGCGAACAAAAUAUACGUCAUGGAACGAUACCAAGUGAAACCAAGUUUUGGAGAAAUUGCUACGAAAAACUUCCGUUCCGAAGUUGAUACCGUUAACUUUGUGCAAAAUGUAGAAACUGCCAGAACCAUAAACCAGUGGGUGGAACAGAAGACGAAUGACAAGAUUAAAGAUUUGAUUUCUCCAGACUGUCUGGACGGCAUGACCCGAAUGGUGUUGAUUAACGCAAUCCAUUUCAAGGGUACAUGGACGCAUCAGUUCAACCCAGAAAAUACUAGACCAAUGCCUUUCUGGAUCAGUCCGAAUGAAUCUACAGAUGUUCCAAUGAUGAACACCAAGAAACAUUUUAAAUAUGGUAUUUUUGAUGAAUUGGGUUUGGCCGCUUUGGAACUCACCUACGUUAAUAACGAUAUAAGCAUGCUUAUAUUGUUGCCGCAUGAAAGAGAUGGGUUAGGCCAACUUGAGGAAAAUCUUCUUAAUCUUAAUAUUUCGGACAUGCUGACGAAGAUGCGUUCUCAAGAGGUAGAGCUUUCUCUGCCAAAGUUCAAAAUCGAAUUCAAUGUGGAUCUCCAGGAGACACUAGAGAAACUUGGUAUGGCGGGAAUAUUUUCCGAUUCCGCCGACUUCAGUGAAUUGCUGGUACAAAAGGACCCUCUCCAGGUAUCCAAAGUCGUACAUAAAGCGUUCAUCGAAGUGAACGAGGAAGGAGCAGAAGCAGCAGCAGCUACAGGUAUGAUAAUGAUGAUGCGAUGCAUGCCGAUACAUCCGUACUUAACCGUUGAUCAUCCAUUCUUGUACUUUUUGAAACAAAACGAACAAAUCUUUUUCAUUGGACGAAUGAGUCAGCCUUAGAGGAUGUGUUUCGUUACUCGAAAAGUAUUUGUAUUUCAUGAAGAUUGUAUGGAAUAAACGCCUUAAAACAUAAUAAAAAAAACAAUGUAGAAUAAUUCCCACGCAGAGAACAAUCCACCAGGAGCUCGUAUUUCAAAAUUAAGUGAAAUAACAUUUCAGUCUAAGGAUUUUAAUGACUGUCGACUGUUUCAGAAGAAACGUGUUGAUAAAAACAUAACCUUAAGCCUGGUUUAGAGUUCCCGUGAACGUGAACUUGAACAGGUGGUGGAAUAGUACGAUCAUUUCACGGUGAACUACAUUGCGAACAAACAACUCAAAAGAUCGUGGUGAAUAGAAAGUUUUUGUUCACGUUCACGUUCAUAUUGAAAAUUCGGCAGUAAACGUGAAGUAAAUAAACAUCGAGCUUCAAUAAAGUAAUUCGGAUAAAAUAUACAGUUGUUCUCGAAUCAACCCGAAACAACGAAGUUUUUCAACCCGUGCAUAGAUCCGAUUGAACGAAAUUGCAUCCAUAUCAAAAUUUUCAUUGAAAACUUGAAAAUUUCUAAACAUAUCCUUUUACAGUUCACGAUGAAAUAAUUUUCAGAAUGCCUUGGGACAUUCGAACGUGAACAUGAACGGGGAAAUAUUUUGACGUCUAUAUUUACCACUGUUUUCACGUUCACGUUCACCGAAGUCGGUGAACUAUGGUGAGUUCACCAACAUCUCGAUUCCACGGCGGAAAUUCAGAAUCGUUGUGAAAUAUUGAAUUAAUCCACUUUUAUUAAUAUACAUUAUGUUUAAACAUGUUUUUUAACUAGAAAAUAUUCAUUCCUAUCGUUUUAAGAUAUUUUUCUCUCGUUUUAUAUAUGGGCUGAUGAAUUGUUAACAAAAAAAUGUUUGUCCGCGUUCACGUUCACGGCAACUCUAAACCUACCUUUAGAUGAAACAAACAGAAUAAAAAUGUACAUAACGAAGACCGUUGGAGAGAAAGUAAAACACGUUGUUAACUGUUGCAUUCUUAAGAAUUGAGUGUGAAGUGUGAAUGUGAAUGAGAAUGUGAGUAUGAGUGUGAACAUUGUUACAAUCUCCUUACAUCCCAUCCUUUUCCUAAUGAAAAUAUGUCACCCUUCUAAACUCGAGUCGACCGCGAGUAAUUGGUUUCCUAUUUUAUUAACCAUAGAAUUAAGGAAACAUGUUAAUAUAUGCUAGUAUAAAUAUAGUUAAGCUUUGGGUCCUUUAAACUUAUGUAACUGAGCCUGUAAAAAUAAACGAUUAAAUAAAAAAAAACUGUUGCAUUCCAAAUAACUUCUGGCUUUAUUAUUUGUACUCUCCCAUCUCAGGCAUCUACUCACACACGCAAACCAUAUAACGUUACAUCUACAUAGACUGAUUACUAUACUACAUUACUCUUCUCGUUUCUUUUUCUUUUAUAUGUUGUUAUUUUCUUUCUCUUUUAUAUUAUUGUUAUGAAUAUCUUUGCUCAAAUAUUUUUUUCUCUAUUAUAGUGACUUUCGACACAUUUCGACUGGUUCGUCACUUUUACUUCCAUUUUUGGAAGAAUGUCGGGAGUGAGAGUUGAACUCAUGAUCUCUGCGUGAGAGAUAUGGAUGUUCUACUACACCAGAUCGUCUCCACGUUGAGCAAAGAUAGAAAUUAACCAUGAUGAAUGUAGUCCUGCAAAUACGUUGGUUGUCGUGUUGUCCUCUUAGUUCUUGGUUCAGAACUUGUAGGUGUCCUUGUCCGUUUUCCGCUGCUGUGACCUGCUGUUGUCGAUGAAGAUGAUGAUGAGGUUGGUGCUGAUGAAGCUGAGGUCUGGUUCGUAUUCGGGUUGAUGAUUAAGGUUUCCUUGUCGCUGUUAAUGCGCUGUAAAUGAGAAGCGUGCCUGCGAUGUUCGACUCCAGACUCUUCUGAAGCCACCACAACAUCUCCGCCUUUCCUUUUGACCACUCUAAAUACUUCAGGAUCAAAGUUCGAUGACAGGUCAGGCUUCGUCAUCCUUUUCAACAGUACUGCAUCUCCUUCAGUAAUGUGAUUCGGUCUUGCAUUACGUCGCUCAUCGGCAUAUGAUUUUCCCUUAUCUUUCUUCUCCUUAUCCCUAUCAACAACUUCCUCAUCGACUUCCUUCGGUUGAUGGAUCGAAGGAACCUUAUCACGGAUAUUGUAACCCAGAAGCAUUUCCGAUGGUGUUUUCCCGGUUGUAGAGUGUGGAGUGGAUCGAUACAUCAAUAAAUAGAGUAACUGGUACGAAUUCGGUACCCCGUGGGUAAUUUGGUACCCACCCGGAUCUCCGGCGGUGAUGAGCGCACUCUGGUGGUGAAAAAAAAGUGUUCUAGUAAUGUAGUAACAAACGUCAGAUGCCAAAAACCCAAAAUAUCUGUGUUUUUUGAAAAAAAAUUCAAGUUUUGUUGUUUUUCAAAUUUUUCAUGUGCGUCUUUUGAAAAAUCAUUUAAAAUCGAAUAGUGAGCCGAUUUUAAAUAUUGAAGCUGAUUUGGAUUAAGAAAUUGAUGUUCUUCAACGAAUUCGAGUAAGUGUAUCGAGAUUUUAAUCACAAAUUUCAUAGAUUUCAUUCCAAAGUGAAUAUUCGGUAUGCGGGUAAUUUGGCACCCCAAUGUAAACAAAGUGUUGAUGAUACACUAUGCUAAAUAUUGCAUGCCCAUGCAGCUACGCUUACGACUUUUGUAAAGGCUUUUGAUUCGUUUUACUUUUUUAGU